AUGGCAAGAGAUUCUUCCUUCGUGUGGCUUCGGCCGGCAACAGAAAUGGAGAACUUACUGGACUGUGCUGCAAGGAAAGGGUUUUACACCACGGUUGUGGGGCUAACAGUUCUGCCUGAGUUGUGCCUCUCAGUAACCACCACAUCAAGGAAACGCUUCAUCAUAUGUUCAGUGACCCUGGCUGCCACUUUUCCCUACACCCGCACAUUACUGCUGGCCAAUCACCACGGCAUCGCCGAUGGUACCUCAAACAUGUACAUUGUGAACGCAUUCCUCAACGUGUUGGACGACAUGCUCUCCGAUAAGGCCGUCGACGACGCAGUUCAGCUGGGCAGGAUUGAUGCUGGAGAGGAAACCAACGGUAUAAUUACAACCCGGAUGAUGGAACUGAUGGAGGACGAAGACCAGUACCAGCAGCUACGAGAGAAUAUGAAAAAGUCAAAACAAGAUGAAAAAUUAAUCCCACGUGCUUAUCCGAUGGCGGAAGAUCCUGCUUUUAAGAGUCAGAGAGUCCUGCGUGACCUGGACAAGGAGACCACCCAAACCUUCAUCAGGAAGUGCAAAGAAGAGCAAAUUACGUUGAACAGUGGACUACUGGCGGUGUUCAACACAAGUCUCGUUGACUUCGUGUUGGAAGGAGGCCUAGAACAAGACUUUUACAGAAUCCAAGAGCUUCAUGCUGUUAACAUGAGACGUUAUUGGUCAAGUAACACAUCGGGAGCACUGGGUGCUCACAGAAUGAUGAUGAAGAACGUUGUCUCGACGCCUCUUAAUUGGAAGGACCACUUUUGA